AUAGUUGUUAUAACUAACCAUGGAAACAAAAACCAUGGAAGCAACCUCACAUUCUCUUGCCAUUGAAAGCCUCUCACACAGUUGGUUAUCCAACAGAAAAUACUCUCUUGAAGCUCUCAAUCUUGAACCCUUAAGACCAUCUCUUGAUAUCUUCAAUGAAUCCACCUCUGAAGAAACCAAGUACAAAAUGACAAUAACCCAAAAAACUUUCCUGCAAAAUUCCCAGAAUUCCAACUUUGAUUUUCCCAUCUCUAAAUCUUUUCCUUCCCUUGUCCAUGCUGAUGAAAUCUUCUCUCAUGGACACCUCUUGCCGAUGUAUAACCAAUCAAAUCCAGCUCCUUCCAAAUCCGCAUCUUCAAUUUCUUUGAGGACUGUUUGUCCUGACAGAAUAAUCCAUUUUCAUCUCCUCAGAAAAUGGCAAAAGUCGUCCAAGAGGAUCUUGAAGAAGUACUUUGGAUUUCUUGGGCCUUUUUCCAGGAAAGUUGGGUUUUUCGGGCUUUUUUCCAGGAAAGUGUGGGAAGUGAGGAGCUGGGAAAAUUCACCCCAAGCAUCUCCUCUUCCUCCUCCUCCUCCACCACCACCACCACAAGGUUCAUCAUUUUGUGUGGAUAUUGACAGGGGAGUAUGGAAGGCUAGGAGUUGGAGUAAUUCACCACUGUCAUCACCGCCGCAAAGUCCUCCUUGUUAUAGUGGUGAUUGGGGUGUUGAUAGCUCCAUUUAUGAGGCAAUUCUUCAUUGCAAAAGAUCAUUUGAAAAAUGAUCAGAGGAUUUAUUGUACUCAGGACGAAAAGAGAAGGGAAAGGAGGAAGAAAUGGAUUGAGACUUUAUACCUUGUUUCGGCUAUUUCUCUCUCCUAUUUACUCUUGAUUGUAAAAUGUAAUUUUUUUGUCUUUAAAACUUAAGACAAACUUUUUUUUUUUCUUUCUUUUUUUUAAUAGAAGUUGAGCUGCUUAAAUUCUGAUA